AUGUCUCGGACCGAAUCUCCGAUAGCUCAAGAGAGCUCCAUGCUCAGCACGGGAAAGAAGAGUCGUACCGAUUGGUUUUUUCGUGCUUAACGUAUGAAUGUGUGUCAUUUUCAUUUUGCUCCUGCAGAAUCAUAGAAAUAGCUACCGCACGAACAAGUUCCUUGUCAUGGAUGUCCACCAGGUUUCGCGUGCAUCGUGCGCAAAAAGAAAAUGACGUGCGUCGAGAUUGAUGUCAUUUUCAUGAUCCCAUCGGCAAACAUCACGCACCACCACAGAUACCGCCUACUUCGACCGAAUAAGUAAGCUCUCCGAGAGGUUACAGGGCUUGCAAGUGGGGCUGCAGCAUGAGAGGAAUUCACGGUAUGACCAGCUGUCGAGCAAGCUGAAACACGUAGACGAAAGGCUAACCAGCUCUCAGGAUUCCAGUGCGAAGAAGUAUAGGAUGCUGAUUUUUUGUACAACUUCAUGGAGUAGUUUUUUUUCUGCAGGAACGAAGAUGAACCAGGGCCAAGCCGCUCGUAGAGUCUCGUUGAGCAGUUGUGUAGUUUGUUGCUUGAGUGCAAAAACUGUACAAAAUAUAUAGCGAAAACCUCGCUCAUCAACAACGAGAACGACAUCGACAUUCUUUUUCAGGUUCGGUCUCCUUAAGGAGCAGCUCGGGAAGUUUUCCAAAGACUUAGAGGAGGAGAAAAUGGCACGAGAAAACCUCGCAGAAAUAAAGUCCCGGGAACUGAAUCAAAUAGACCAGAGGCUAACCGCGGCGCUGGAACAGGAACAAGCAGCGCGAAGGGAAAGCGAGCAGCGGUACUCUGUGGUUAUUCUUGAUGUCAGCUUGUGAAGUUUUUUCUUUUUGAGUUGUAAGCAUGAAUGUAUGACGAGCUUGACUUUGACCUUCACCUUUUGAGCGGUGAUAGAGCCAGUUGUACGGAUAAAAAAAUCGAACCUGAAUUUCAAAAUAAAAAACACCAGGUUGCUCCGACAAUUUGAGGAGAAGACAACACUGCUUCGGGAGGAUGUUACCAAAGAAGGGAAAAUUCGCAGCGAAAACGAACAGAAUUUACGCCGAUAUCUGGAGGUUGACAUACCAAAAUUGUACUGCUUUUUCGUUUCUGUUUUGCAGUUUGUUCUGCGAUUAUAUGUGGUUCUAUCCAGGGGUAGGGUCCGCUACUAGGUGCAGCUUCUCCUUCAUUUCUUGCGAUGCCGCAUGGUUAAUCAUGACAUAAGUACCUAUUGCGGAGUGGUGUGGAAAGAGCGUCCUGCCCACCAUCCUUAUCAGGUACGACUCCCUGCGCGACGAGGUGAGUAACCGAGAGCAGAUGGAAAGCCGCAUUUUGAAGCGUGCUAACGAGGAGAUACAACGUUUGCAAGAUAAUAUCGUCGCGGAAAAACGCGCCCGAGAGGAAACCGAGGAAGCAAUGCUCCGUAUGAUUUUUUAUUUUUUGCAAAACGUUUUUUCGGCCGUGCUUGCUUGCAGCGGGUCGUGCUUCUUGAAAAUUUUCUUGCAUCUAGACAAGAAGAGAGCGAGGCGAAAUUAUCUCUGUGGAUGUUAGGAAUAGGAUGAGCGGAAUUGGCACCACAAUUUUGAUAUUCGCCACGUCCCUCAGGUAUGAUGGAGGACGUGGUCAGCAAGAUGCAAGGCGAAAUCGCUACCGAGCGUCGCGAACGAGAGCAAACCGAGGAAACAUUGCUCAAACUGUUGGAAGACACGUGCAGCAAGCUCAACGCGGCGAGCCAGGCAUUGUGA